GCGCGCGCACGGAAUGACCGCGGACUCGCGAUGAUGCGGUGCGAACCGAUGCCGACGCGGUGCGGGGCGUCGCCCCCACCGCGCGCGCGUCGCGCGACCGAACGGUCCGCGCCGCGGUGCGCGUCCACCGCCGGUCGGCGCGAUCGUAUAAGUACAAGUCGCGCCGGCGGUCGCGGUGGUCCGACGCGCUUCGUCGUCGUCGCCGCGUCGUCGCGUCAGACGCGCGGCGCGUCGUCGCCGUCGUCGUCGCCGCCGCCGGACCCGCCGCCGCGAUCGGGCGCGUCGGCGUUCGCGGCGAUGAUCGCCGCCGCGACCGCGGAGGCCGCGGGGCCGUCGUGGCCCAGCGGCGGACGGGACGCGUCGUCGUCCGACGCGGCAUCGUCCGCGGACGACGACGCGUCGCGUCGGACGGGCGCCGCGGACGCGCUGAAGAAGAAGAAGACGGGCGGCAAGAAAUCGGGGAAGGCGGCGUGGGAGGCGAUGCUCGCGGCGGCGACCGCGGUCGCCGCGCGGACAAAGGACGAAGACGUCGAAGACGCGUGCCCGUGCGACGACGACGACGACGCGUGCAUCGCGGCGUCGCCGUCGUGUUCGAUAACCUUCAUCGACGAGAGCGGCGACGAGUUCGACGCGUCCUCAUUCCUCCCUCCGACGACGUCCGCGGCCGCGGCGCCGCCGUCGAGCGCGACGCCGCCGCCGCCGGCGAUUCCCCUCGCGGGCCCGUCGUGCGCGUUGCGAUCGAGCGUCGAGGUCUGCACCGGCAAGGCGUGCCUCCGCGCGGGCGCGGGGUCGGUCAUGCGCGCGGUCCAAGAGAACCUCCCGCCCGGGUGGUCGUGCGCGGGUAAGAAGUGCAUGGGGAUGUGCGAGCGCGCGACGGUGGUGCGCGUCACGAGCGACGCGGAGCAGGUGGUGCACACCCACGUCACCGCGGCGACGGCGGCCAUCGCGGUGCUUCCGGUGCGCGCGAACAUGGGCCUCGUCGGGUCGUCCGCGCCGGCGUGGGCGACGACGACGGACGACGCGGACGGAUCGGAGGCGGCGGCGGCGACGCGCGCGGCGAGAGACGCGGUCGCGGCGGAGGCGCGAGAAUCGCGGAGGGAGAGGGACGACGCGAGACGAUCUCGCGCGCCCGCGGCGGCGGGGCUGAUGGCCGCCGCCAACGCGGCGGUGGACGCGGGGUUCGCGCGCGCGGAGCCGACGAACGACGCGCCGAGGGUGAGGUCGAGCGGCGGCGGCGACGGCGGCGGCGAGAUCGUGCGCGCGGCGAGGCGCGCGUCGGCGCGCGUCGUCGAGCUCGGCGUGCGCGGGGACGAGACGCUGAUCCGGCGUCUUUACACGGACUACAUCGACGGCGGCGGCGGCGAGCGGCGAUAG